AAAACACUAAAGAGAAAACGUGCUGAGAGCUAGCCAGUCAACGAUAAGAACUCAAUGUAGAAUUUAUUAAGAGAGUCACCGAAUCGAGAAACCACUCAAUUUCGUAAUAAUACGGAUCAGCUUGGAACGGCGUGCUUGGGCGGAUUUAAAAACAACAUUUAACACUGUUGCCGGGACAGGCAAUGGCGCACGCCACCGCAUCCAGCCAUCACCUGAUUGAUGAUGGACCGACCGAUGACACACCUACCUCUCUGGAAAGUUACGCCGUGCUUGGCCGAUAAGGAUGUAUCAAGUCGCGCCUUGAAAUUAUUCCCGAUCAAGACGAUAAGCCCUCUAAGAAGCGCCGCCCAUGUACCAUUGAACUUGACGAGCGUGUUCGUUAAAGCUUUUCCAUCCAAAAAAGCUACGUCAACAGAGGCGAAAAGCUUGGCGGUAGCUCACCGAAUGUUUAAUGCUCAAAGAGAACUCAUUCCGUGCGGUGCGAGAAGCGCGUGCUGCUCGAAAAACAAGCCCGAAAAUAAAUACAAUACAAUCGCACACAACACAAACUAAGGAUAAUUGCAAAACAGGAACAUAAUUCAAGGAAAUAUAUAGUUACACGAAAAAAACCACAAAUCAAAAACAAAAUGCCAGCGGAAAAAUCAAUAUACGAUCCAAAUCCGGCCAUCAGCCAAAAUGCCUACAUAUCCAGCAUGGAGGAGUACCAGAAGUUCUACCAGGAGUCACUGGACAAUCCAGCCGAAUUUUGGUCCCGUGUGGCCAAGCAGUUCCAUUGGGAAACACCCGCCGAUCCGGAGAAGUUCCUCAAGUACAACUUCAACAUCUCCAAGGGACCCAUUUCGAUUAAAUGGAUGGAGGGUGCCUCCACCAAUCUGUGCUACAAUCUCCUGGAUCGCAAUGUUAGGAAUGGUCUGGGCGACCAAAUAGCCUAUUACUGGGAGGGCAACCACCCCGACGACUAUUCCCGGGGUCUCACCUAUCGCAAGUUACUGGAGGAGGUGUGCCGCUUUGCCAAUGUGCUGAAAGAUCAUGGAAUCCGAAAGGGUGACCGUGUCUCCAUCUAUAUGCCAAUGAUCCUGGAGCUGCCCAUCGCGAUGUUGGCCUGCGCCCGUAUUGGAGCCGUGCACUCGAUCGUUUUCGCCGGAUUCUCACCAGAUUCAUUGGCGGAGCGAAUGUUCGACUGCAAGGCCAAGCUGUUGAUUACGGCUGACGGAGCCUGGCGUGGAGAGAAACCUCUGUACCUGAAGGCUCUGUGCGACACGGCUCUGGAGAAGGUCGAAGAGAUGGGACACUCCGUGGAGAAGUGCAUCGUGGUGUCGCAUUUGAAGCGCGUCACUGCUUGUCAGCCGGAUCAUGUUGAGGAAGAGAUCCCAUGGACCGACGACCGGGAUUACUGGUGGCACGAGGAGAUGGAGGACAAGGAGCCAGCCUGCUAUCCCGAAUGGAUGGACGCCGAAGAUCCGUUGUUCAUGCUCUACACCAGUGGUUCCACUGGCAAGCCCAAGGGAGUGCUCCACACCACCGCCGGAUAUCUGCUGUAUGCGGCCACAACCUUUAAGAUUGUCUUUGAUUACAAGCCUGGUGAUAUCUACUGGUGCACCGCCGAUGUUGGCUGGAUCACGGGACACACAUACGUGGUCUACGGACCACUGGCUAAUGGUGCCACUUCAGUGAUUUUUGAGGGCACCCCAUUCUUCCCUGGAAACGACCGGUACUGGAGUGUCAUUGACAAGUAUAAGGUCACCCAGUUCUACACGGCACCCACUGCUAUUCGGGCUUUGAUGAAGUACGGCGAGGGACCCGUGCUUAAGCAUAACCUGAGCGGGCUCAAAGUUUUGGGCAGCGUUGGUGAGCCAAUCAAUCCGGAGGCCUGGCUCUGGUACUACCGCCACAUUGGCAAGGAGCAGUGCUCUAUUGUGGAUACCUUCUGGCAGACAGAAACUGGAGGUCAUGUCAUCACACCCUUGCCAGGAGCUACGCCCAUGAAACCGGGUUCUGCUUCAUUCCCCUUCUUUGGCGUGAAGCCCACUCUGCUGGAUGAGUGCGGCAUUGAAAUUAAGGGCGAGGGCGAAGGCUACUUGGUCUUCUCUCAGCCUUGGCCUGGAAUGAUGCGCACCUUGUAUAAUAACCAUGAGCGGUUUGAGGACACCUACUUCUCAAAGUUCCCCGGUUUCUACUGCACUGGCGAUGGAGCCCGUCGCGAUGCUGAUGGUUAUCUCUGGAUCACUGGCCGUGUGGAUGACAUGUUGAACGUGUCUGGACAUCUGAUGUCCACCGCCGAGGUAGAGUCGGUUCUCACAGAGCAUCCUCGGGUGGCUGAGUCUGCCGUGGUUUCCCGUCCGCAUCCCGUCAAGGGCGAGUGCCUGUACUGCUUUAUUACACCUAACGAGAACGAGGUGUUUGACCAGAAACUGAUUUCUGACUUGAAAAAGAUGGUUCGUGAACGAAUCGGACCUUUUGCCAUGCCGGAUGUUAUCCAGAACGCUCCUGGAUUGCCAAAAACGCGGUCCGGCAAAAUCAUGCGACGUGUUCUGCGUAAGAUUGCGGUUAACGAUCGCAACGUGGGCGACACCUCAACCCUUGCCGAUGAGCAAAUUGUGGAGCAACUUUUUGCCAACCGGCCAGUGGAGGCCAAGUAGAUGGUAGCAGAUGGGCCAACUGGCAACGGCUAGGAUCCCUUCCCCAAAAGGCUUUCUCCGGCUUGCACUGACCACUCCACUCUGCCAUCGCAUUUCUACCACUUACGUAUCCCGAUUACGUAUCCUGUAAAUCUCCCCCUACUUAUAUGAAUUACCUAUUGCUUAAUGUUGGUCCCGUUCCGGGCUACGGCGUGGUUAGCACCUUCUAAAUUCUACCUAGUUUGUAAGCCCUAAGCCCUAAACGUGUGCGUAAGUAAGUCGGUUGGAUGGUUUCCAAUUUCAGUUACUAUCUAUCGUCUAUAUAAAUUCUUGUGUAUCUGCCUGUUCACAGUAGUUAACAUGCUCACAACGCACACAUUUUCCAGUUCUUUUGUUUCUUCGUUGUAGUCGUAGUUUAAGUUCUCGCUAAUUCGUUGUGAUACAAAUUUAAUUAUAUAUCUUACUUAUGUAUGUAUUUUUAGUAGAAUUGAUAUGAGACAAAAUAUAUACACAAUUCCAGUUGUAGCCACAAAUUA